GUCAAUCAUUCCAUCAGCUUGAAGUGAGCAACGGCGAUAGUGAGAGAGAGGAUAAUGGUUGUUGUCACGUGAUGUAUCGUUUUUCACAAAAAAAAAUUCGCGUUGUGUUUUAUCUAUUUUUUUUUUUACAAGAGACGCGUCCCACCAUCUCGCUAUGGCUGAAUUAUCCAGUGACCGCAUCAUCGACAACAUCUUGGACUCCCAACUUGGAAGUGAAAGGGAUGGAGAAGACACCGCUUCUCAGGCUGGUAAACAAAUGGGAGACGUUGUUAUGGACGACGAACCUACCCCUGGACCUCGACGCGUUGGCUUCGACCCAACCUCCAUUUCAAAGGUGGUUGAUCAGACAGCUCUGCUUGUCAUGGAGAGCUUUGAGAAAUUCUUAGAAAGCUAUAAGGAGAACAUUCCUACUCAUUUGGCUAGCCAAUCCAGAUGGUAUGGUAUACCAUAUAUGAUGCAACUUGAGCAGUUACGGGAUGAUGAAAUGCACACCGUGUAUGUUGAUUUCGAACAUGUGCAGAAAUCUGACGAAGCACUUGCUGAAGCCCUCAUUGAACAAUACUAUCGCUUCCUCCCAUACCUUCGGCGGAGCGUACAAAAUUUGGUUCGAAAGCACUUUCCCGAGUACCUUCAUAUCAACAGCUCAUCUAUUGAUCCUAUGGCUUCUGAAACCAAGCGAGAGUUUUCCGUGGCAUUCUAUGGAUUGCCAGUCAUUCACCGUAUUAGAGAGCUUAAGACUGACAAAAUUGGUCAGCUCAUUAGCUUGAGCGGUACUGUGACUCGUACUACUGAAGUUCGACCUGAACUUGUCUAUGCUACAUUUACUUGCAACCUUUGCCAGAAAGUCUACCGCGAUGUCGAACAGCAAUUUAAAUACACAGAGCCAACAGCUUGUUAUACGGACACCUGUGGUAACCGAUCUGAGUGGACCCUAAACGUUGAACAAUCGAAAUUCUGGGAUUGGCAAAAGGUCAGAAUUCAGGAGAACUCUAGUGAAAUCCCCACUGGAAGUAUGCCAAGAACAUUGGACAUCAUAGUUCGCAACGAAAUGGUUGAACGUGCAAAGGCCGGCGACAAAUGUAUCCUGACAGGUACCUUGAUUGUCCUACCGGAUAUUGGGGCAUUCAAGACACCCGGUGUCAAAGUAGAGUCUGAACGAGAUUCAUCCAUGAGAUCUAAAGAAGGCUUUGGAAGCGAAGGUGUUAGUGGUUUGAAGGCAUUAGGUGUACGAGACUUGACUUACAAGUUGGCAUUCUUGGCCUGCAUGGUACAAUCGGCUUCGUCCAGGACUUCCACUGUGAACAUGCAUGCUGAUGAUAAUGGCGACGAAGAUCAACAACAAUUCUUGGAGAGCUUGUCUCAAGAAGAAAUUGAUGAAUUACGUAGUAUGGUCAACAUGGAGCGUGGUAUAUACGGAAAACUGGUCAACAGCAUCGCCCCUACCGUCUUUGGGCACGAUACUAUCAAGCGCGGUAUUCUAUUGCAAUUGAUGGGUGGUGUUCACAAGAAGACCCCUGAAGGCAUGCAUUUACGUGGUGACAUCAACGUGUGCAUUGUUGGUGAUCCCAGUACAAGCAAAAGUCAGUUCUUAAAAUAUGUGUGCAGCUUCAUGCCACGAUCAGUCUAUACUUCAGGAAAAGCAUCUAGUGCUGCUGGUUUGACCGCUUCAGUCGUUAAAGAUGAGGAAACUGGUGAAUUCUCAAUUGAAGCCGGUGCUCUUAUGCUGGCUGAUAAUGGUAUUUGCGCUAUCGACGAGUUCGACAAGAUGGAUUUGAAGGAUCAAGUUGCCAUUCACGAAGCUAUGGAACAACAAACCAUCUCUAUUGCCAAAGCUGGUAUCCAGGCAACCUUAAAUGCACGUACUAGCAUCCUGGCUGCCGCUAAUCCCGUAGGAGGACGAUACAACAAGAAAAUGACUUUGAAGCAAAACGUCAAUAUGUCAGCUCCUAUCAUGUCACGUUUCGAUUUGUUCUUUGUUGUUCUGGAUGACUGUAAUGAAGUGACCGAUUUCAACAUCGCAAGACACAUUGUCAGCGUUCACCGUCUAAGAGACGAUUUCAUCCAGCCUGAGUUUUCCACCGCACAACUUCAGCGAUAUAUCCGUUAUGCCAGAACAUUCAGACCCAAGUUGACUCCGGAAGCAGCUAAAAAGCUUGCCGAAUACUAUCGUGAUCUGCGUGCUGAUGACUCUCAAGGUGUCGCUAAAAACUCGUAUAGAAUUACAGUCAGACAGUUGGAGAGCAUGAUUCGUUUGUCAGAAGCAAUCGCCAGAGUUUACUGUCGAGAAGAGAUCACCGAGGCUUAUGUGUCAGAAGCUUACAGCUUGCUUCAGAAGUCCAUCAUCCGAGUUGAACAAGACGACAUUGAAAUUGAAGAGUUCGACACCAUGGAUGGACAGCUUGAUGAAAUGAUGUCUGCCGCUGAAGCUGUUAACAGUAACAUGCAAGGUCUAUCUAUCAACGAGGAUUCAGCUGCUGCUCAUUCCGAGCAGCCCAACGGAAAGAUCAGAAUAGAGUGGGAACGAUUUGAGCAAAUUAAGCUGAUGAUUGCACUCAAGCUUCGAGAAGUCCAAGAACGAUCAGACUCGGGCAUGAAGAGAAGCGAACUUGUGCUUUGGUACCUUGAGCAAAGAGAAGACGAUAUGGAUUCUGAGGCUGACUAUGAAAGAGAAAAGACUAUUAUUGAAAAGGUUAUCAAGAAGCUAGUCAAAACGGGUGAAACAUUGAUAGAAAUUAGAGGUACUACUUACCAAGAAAACGACGAGAGUGCAAUGCAUGCUGGUGAUGAUUCAGACCCAACGAUCAUGCUUCAUCCCAACUGCACACUUCUCGACCAAUAAUCUGUUUCCUUCACUACAGUUAUUCCCAGUUCUCUCAUUUUUAUUUUCUUUCUCUAUUUAAAAAUCCUUACAAGUAGCCUCCUACACCCAUCCUACGAGUUAGGCUUUAUAAACUUAAACCUUGUAUAUAUAAAAGAGCAAAAAUCCGUAAUAACUGAACCGCUUAAGAGCCGCGAGUAGUAUGCAGGGGACCCACCUUGAGUACUACCGACGAACAUUACAUGGUAAACAUCCACACGCAAUGUUUGCUGGCCGUGGC